AUGUACUCGACGUUAACCACGGAGAAUGCCAGCGGGGUAGCCGAACAAGCCAUGGACAAACCAAUUUCAGCGCCAUCCCCAUAUGCUUCUUCCCCACACUCUAACAAACACAACUCCAUACCUCAGCUAUUCUCCGAUGAUCCAAAGGACGAUAUCGUGAUUAAUACGUCGAAUCAUUAUACCUAUUUGGUCAUUGUCGCUUCCACCGCAAAUUACACAGCCCGACGAUCUUUAAUACGAGAAAAAUACUUUGGACUGGCCGAUAAUUUACUUCCUUGCAUGCAUUACGACACCGAUACCCUGCACAAAUUUUGGAUCUACGGUGACCUCCCAACAUCUCACACAUCUACAUACCGUCAAUACGAGGCUGAGAAAAUGGAAUGGAACGAUAUAGUGGAGGCACCAACAGGAGUAACUUUUGAACAGAGUCAUAUUUUGUAUUGGGUCGAAACGAAUCUCCGCCACUCCGGCAUCACAUAUGAUUAUUUGAUUUUGCAGGACAUUCACACCUUUGUGCGACUGUCCGAUCUGAAGCGAGAACUGGAUUCCGGCGUGAUUGGUGAAAAUACCGACUCACCUUUCACUAUCAACCAGAACGAGCCACUGAACUUGGUGUGGAGCACUUUCACGGGUGACCGACGUGAUAAAUACAUAUCCAUUGUAGGGUCGAAAGCGGUGCACAUUGCUCUAGAAAAGCAGACGGACAUUGAUCGGGUGAAUGGUUCCUGUCCGCACUUAUUGACAAAUAUGUAUCAUUACUAUCGUUCGGUCGCGCCUUUUAUCAUUCAGAAAGUGGAUGCUCAGUUGGAUGCCGAAGCUGCCGCAGAAGAACAGGAACGGAUGAUCCCCGACUUUAUUGAUGAAGACGAAACGGAAAAGGAGCAUCGAAUUCGUCGCUGGACCAAUAAUAUUGAGUCGAUCCGUGAUCAUCAUCUCGUGGUGACUCACGUUUUCCAAGACAACGAGUUCCUCGAUUUGACGUAUCGGUUUAAACUAAAGCCUCUGAUAGUCUGUAAUCAGCGAACAUCGGCAUUUCGGCACGGACCCCUAAUAGUCGAAUCAAUUGACGAUGACCAAGAUAUUCACAGUGCCUAUGAACGUGAUCAUGAUUUGCAUGUCACGCAUUGGCAAGCAACCGGUGAAUCUAUCGCUAUUGCCACACCUUCAUUUAUGCAGGAUGAGUGUGGUAAUGAGUCCAUGACUUUAUGGGCUGAAAAUAAACGAAACUAUGCCUUGCGACAUGGUUAUGCGUUUGUAGCUCGGUCCGCCGAAUUCGACCAACACCGGCAGCUCAAAAACCGUGCCAUUGGCUAUGCAAAACUGGAUGUCGUCGAAAAACUCUUGCCGAAAUAUGACUGGGUUGUAUGGAUGGAUGUAAAUACCGUGAUUAUGCAUCAGGAUCAAUCAAUCGAGCAAUUGAUUCACAAGCUGUCACGUCAAUAUCCGGACGGACCGCAACGAUUCCAUGAAACAAUCGAUUUUAUUCUUACCCGACCUCACGAGGGCAACGCCAGCAAUUCAGGCAUCUUCUUGAUACGCAACGCCAAGUGGACCAUGGAAUUUCUGCGUAAAUUGCAAGAAAUGACCGAAUUGCAUGAUGGUGCAUCUCCGUAUAUCCAAGAUGCAGUUUAUCAUCUUAUCAACAGAGUAGGCGAUCAAAGACGCAUUCUAAUACUCGACAGCAACAAUCAUGCGCUGCAGACAUCGCCAGAGAAAUACGUGCCCAAAGAUUUUGUCGUUCAUUAUGACUCCAUGUUAUGUCCAAGCACGGCCGCCAAGAAAGGCUUAGCGGCUGCCAAAGCGAUAGCACAAGGCGAAUUCGUGAUCGCCUUGUCAGAAACCCCAAAUUGA